AUGUCAUUCUCAACACUUGAAUCACUUCCAAACGAAAUAUUAACUGAUAUUAUUGAAAAAUAUAUUAACGGAAUCGAUCUACUAAGAGCUUUUAGCUUUCAACUCAAUCAACGUUUUGAUUCACUCAUUAUUCAAUGUCAACGGCUUCGUUUUGAUUUUAUUCAAUGUCAUCAAGAUGAUUUUCGUUUGUGUAUGGGUCUUUUACCAGCCUAUAUCGACAAAAUAGAAGAAUUAGCCAUAUCAGAAGAAAAUACACCUGGUCAAGUAUAUGCUUUUCUAUCUUUUUUUCCAUCAUUUGCAGUAUUUAAACGACUUCAAACACUUUAUUUUCAUUUUGACAGUGAAAGUAUGGAUAAGGCAAUUAUUGGAAGGGCUCUUAUAUCAUUAUCACAAACAACCAUUGAAACUUUAUCGAUCAUAGAAAUGAACGCUGAUUUUAGGUCACCAUUGAAAAAUGUUAUUGUCGAUCUUUUUCGCUUAAAAUCGCUUAAGCGAUUUUCCCUUAAGAGCAAUUUGGACUAUAUAAAUUGCGAGUAUUUGGCAGAUAUCUCAUCAAACAUUGAAUAUUUGACUAUAUCUGGUAUACAUUUUGAAUUUGAAGACCUGAAAUAUAUUUUCCAAUGUGCUCGUCGUCUUAAAUAUCUUAAUAUUCAAUUAACCGAUAGUAAAAAUCGUUAUUUUGAUGAACCGAAAAUGUUUUUAAAAAGGAAUAUUGCAGUAUCGUCUGCACUUCGUACACUAGUCUUAUAUUUUUCUUCAAAGAAUUCAAUAACGAUGGAUAUGUUAAGAGAAUAUUUUAAUUCAAUGCCUAUUUUAAAUCGUCUUGAAGUUAUAGCACACAAUGAACUUCUUGAUGCAAACGCGUGGCAGAUGUUGCUGGAAACAUCAUUACCAUCAUUGAUUCAUUUUACUCUUCGAACGACAAUAUCUCGCAUUGGAAAAGCUAAUGUUCAUAAUGGACUUGCUUCGUUUCAAAGUUCAUAUUGGGUAGCAAAAAAGAAUUUCAAUCUAAUGAUAACGAAACAUGAACGAUCGGGUUUCAAUAGUUUUGACAUAUUCAAGAUGAAGCACCAUGUGAAAUAUGAAAUUUAUCAGCCUGUUGUUCAAUGUUGGAUAUCACCCAACCGCACGAUCAAUAAUGACCUUAUGAUAGUAAAUGAGAAUGUAAGCUUAAAACUUCACGACAUGAAUGAUAUUGUAUCAUGUCAUUACUACUUUAACAAUGUAAAGUGUCUUAUAGUGGAUAAUAUGGAUAGUUCGAUAUUCAAAUGGGUGAUAACACAUGUAAAUUGUUCUCGAAUCAGGCAACUUGCCAUUGUAUAUUCACAAAAGGAUAACUAUGCAUUAACUGCAUUCCUUGCAUGUGUCACAAAUAUGAGUUUCCUUCAUAUAAGCUUUGAUUUGCUUUUAGCAAACAAACAUACUUUCAUGAGCAAAAGCAAUAAUGUAAAAUACCUUGAUAUUUCUCUUUCUGAACAUGCAUUCAACGAAGAAGAUAUUAUUAUUAUUGUCAAGUGCUUUCCUCACGUCGAACAUCUAAAAAUUAAUACAUCAAGCCUAUAUAAUGUUCCACUAAUGAAGAAAUAUUUAGUAUCUCUUCGCAGUCUUACUUUCGAAUUUGUGGGAACUGGUUUUCGGUUGUAUGACUAUUAUGAGAGAAAAAAAUGGGAAUACAAUCUGCGACAAAAAACUGAAUUUUUGUUCCACAUUGAGGAUAAAACGAUGACAGUUUGGAUCGACGAAACUGUAUUUGAAGAAUCCUAUUGGCAAACAUUUGCCGUGAAACGAUCGAAAUCAACAACUUCAUCAACACUAACUACAUCUUCGAAUAGUUCAAUAAUCAUUGAAGCUUCUUAUAUUCAGAAAAAGAAAAAGAAAAAGUCCAAGUUUUGUUUUCCAAAUUGUUUCAAAUAGCAGCAUUAUAAAAUUCUUUUUUUAUGAGAUACUUGAUUAUAAAUAAAAUUAUCUAAUAUUGAUUCUAACUAAAUGAGUGAAUGGCAAAUAUGGACUUCACAUUUCUACAUGUAAAUUACCCAUAAUCACACUUAUUAUUCUAGAUAUUGUGAGCUUCAAUUGAUACACAUGCAAUAUGUACUUGAUGCAUUUCGAAUCAGUGCAUCAUUAUGUAUAUUUGCUAGGCGCAGAAAAUUCCUCUUAAAAUAACAUGUUUUCAUCAGACAAUAAAUAUUUUCCAUCAUGUGAUGUCAUUUAUAUUCAUCAUUAGUGUAUACUGAAGUUUCUUGAAAGUUACAUGAACCGAAGAAUCUUGAUUGACUUGAUCAUGUCAUCCAUAGAAAUUAACAGUGCAUUUCUCGAAUUCGUUCAUAUAGAAGGAAUAAAAUUUCAUUAUCAGACUCAAGGCGCAAUCAAUUAUCGGUGUUUAGUAGGUUUGUGAGAGUAGCUGUGGAUUUUCUCUUUAUCCACAACUAUUCAUCUACGUCCGAUUCAACAAGACAUCUUUCAAAUGUAUCCAACUUGACUAGGUCUCUAUUUUAUUUUUUUGGGUCAGAUCUAUCUAUAGGACACUCCAAGAACGAGAGUAUCAUCUAUCGUGUUACUUUGUCGAUGUUUUUGUCCCUGAUAAAGAAGAUAUAUGUAUUCGCUCCAAAUUUUUUAGUUCAAGAUAUUUAAAUCUAGACAAUUCAUUGAUUCAUCGUCCUAGACCAUGGGAUAGGAAAAGCUAUUCUAAUUCCACUGAUGUUUAAUUCAUGGAUUUGAGUUUUCGUACGUUCAUUUGUUUAAAUGUCCAAUCGUUUCUUAAAAUCUCAUUUCCCUAUUUUAGUCCAACUUAAGAAACAUUCUUGAUGUAUUCAUAGUAAUCUUAUGUCUCUUCAUUGAAAAAUGAACAUCAGUGUCAGAUUGAUUACUCUAGUAAAUUGUUCUCUCAAGUCUCAAAUUCAUGAAUUACACAACAGUGAGAUCAGAACAACUUUUCCUCUUACAUCUAAAAAAACUCAUUAAUCAUCGAGUAGCCUAGGCUUAAAUAUAUCGAACGAUUCAAUUUGAUGUGAAUUCGUAUACUCUCUUAAUUAGAAAAAUUAGUAUCGAAAGAAAUACAUAUAUUAGAAGUGAAAUAUCUUUAACAUCUUGAUAAGUGCACUUUUCCUGGAACAUUCGAUAGUAUGAAUUUACACUCUAGAAAAAGAGGUGCUCUGAGAAUAUUGUCUGUAAGUAAUUAAUAAAAAGGAUUUUCAUUGGCCAAUAUCACUAGAUUUACUUUGAACAUACACAGUUAUCAAUGCAACGAACUGUCUUGUGC